UUAGUUGAUUAUAAAUUGUUUUAUGAAAUAUGAUUGGUAGAUUCGAACCAAGCGGUAAGUCCGAGCACGAAGAAAGGAGAAGAGGGUACUGCAUAGGCUUUGGGACAGUGCAUUUCAAUAUGAAUAUGGAUGAUUAUGUCAAAAUAGAAAAGAUUGGAGAAGGAACCUAUGGGGUUGUGUACAAAGGUAGAAAUAAAAAGAACAACAAAACUGUUGCACUGAAAAAGAUCCGUCUGGAGAGUGAAGAGGAAGGAGUCCCAUCAACAGCAAUUCGGGAGAUUUCUCUCCUGAAGGAAUUACAGCAUCCAAAUGUUGUGAAUUUGGAAGACAUCUUGAUGCAAGAGAACAAAUUAUACUUAGUAUUUGAGUUCCUGUCCAUGGACUUGAAAAAAUACAUGGACUCCAUUCCCUCAGGCCAGUACAUGGACAAGAUGCUUGUCAAGAGCUAUUUAUAUCAGAUCACCCAGGGAAUUUUGUUUUGCCACCAGAGACGUGUGCUUCACAGAGAUCUGAAGCCGCAGAAUCUGCUGAUUGAUAACAAAGGAGUCAUCAAACUGGCUGACUUUGGUCUGGCAAGGGCUUUUGGUAUCCCAGUCAGAGUAUACACUCAUGAGGUUGUGACCCUGUGGUAUCGAGCACCCGAAGUCCUCCUUGGCUCCCAGCGGUAUUCCACACCCAUAGAUGUGUGGAGCAUAGGCUGCAUCUUUGCCGAGAUGGUCACCAAGGUCCCCUUGUUCAGAGGAGACUCUGAAAUUGACCAACUUUUCAGAAUUUUCAGGACCAUGACCACCCCAACUGAAGAGAACUGGCCUGGCGUGACCAGCUUACCUGACUACAAGCAUACCUUCCCCAAGUGGACCAAAAAUCAGUUGGAAACUUCAGUCAAACAGUUGUGCAGUCAGGGACUGGAUCUUCUUCAGAAAACCCUCAUCUACGACCCUGCCCAAAGGAUAUCUUGUAAAGCCAUGCUUCUGCACCCAUAUUUCUACGAUUUGGACAAAAACACUUUGCCCGCCCACUGCUGAUAGCAGUUUACUGAAAGACAGUUCACACAAAUAGUUAAGGCAUACUUUUAUGUACAAGUAAAUACUGGAUUACAUGGGGCACACUCUAUAAGUAAAUUAUAAGUUGAAUCUGACUGAAAUAACUCUGAUGAAUAAACAACAUUAAUAGACUCCAUCUGAAGAACAGGCGUUAAAGGUUGGUUUAUAUCAAUAGUGUUAACUGUCAAUUUCAUCAGGAGAAUCAGAAGUGGUAUGAUGAUGCAGGUUUAAGUCUGUUGGUUAAGUCUUCGUGUCCCCUUUAAAGUGAUGUAUAUAGAAAUGCACUGUUUGCUACUUUCAUUGAAGACAUAUUUGAACUUGAUUAUUCUGUUGGAGAUUAAUUUGGUUUCUUUGAAGUCCCUUAUUAUGUUCACUAUAUUAACACUGGCUAGAAUGCAAGGAAUUGAAUUUCAAAUGAAGUUUACCACCACUGCGUAGUUUUUAGCAGACAUUGGUUAUUUAAAAAUGCCUUGUAGUUUGCUGUAAAUGCAAAUACUUAUUUUCAUUGACCAAUUAUUUUGUCUUUUUUAGAUGGUUAAUUCAUUUGCCAAAUGACUUACAUUGGUGAUGGGUGAAUGGAGUCAAAUGUGACAGUAAAUGUGAUGAUGUGUUGGUUGUAAAGAACAUUCUUUGAAAUUAAUAUAAUGAAUAGUUGUAGCUUUUACAGGCCUUUGAAAAAAUGAGGGACAGAUGUGUUUCAGUUCCUGCUUUCAAUAUGUUAUUUAUGGUUAUUUUGGUAUGAUUAUCCCCUUUGGAGAAGUGUAGUUAUUAAUGUAUACAUAAUGUAAAUUCAUUUAUAUGAUUACUGUAUAUGUCAAAUUGUAAAAAUGUCUGUCUGGCAGUCUUUCAUGCUUAAUGCAAUUUUUGUACACACUGUAUAAAUGUGUAUGUAAGGUAUGUAGACUAAUUAGAUCACGUGAGGCGAAUAAAAUGUACAGUCGUCAUAUAAACUAGUCUUUCAUACAACUGCAGGCUGGAUUUUUUUUUU